UAUUCCAGCAAACAAAGAGAAACUGGCUUAUGCUGCUCUUUCUUCACUUAUGUAUACAUUGAAACAAUUCUUCAAACCUAAUCAAUCUUUGGUUUGUCAAUGUUGUACACAACAACAUGUCGAAUCUCUCUAUCAAAAUCUUUCUGCUCUGCAAGAUUUCCUUGACGAUACUGCAAAGGAUAUUGAAACUCUUAAGGUUGUAGAAAAAAGAAUCAGGAAUGUAGUAUACAAAGCGGAAGAUAGAGUUGAUUCAAGUCUAAGAAACAUCCUUCUAACAGAUCAUGAGGACAAGCGGCAAAAGGCUUGUAGAUUCUUUUAUGAAGAUUUGUUGAAAGUUGAAGAACAAGUUUAUUUUCUCAACAAAGAGGUGAUGGUGAUGGUGAUCGAUGUUAACAAGCAUGGAAGCAAAUCUGCAGAAUUAGCAACAACUCCCUCCUCACCAGACAAAAGUACAGUUGAGGAAAAUACCAUAAUUGGGAUGGAGCAUGACUUCAACACCAUACAUGAUCGCCUCAUUUCCCAAACAUACGAGUUAACUGUCAUACCAAUUUUUGGUAUGGGCGGUAUAGGUAAGACAACUCUUGUCAGAAAACUUUAUGAUGAUUCAUUUAUUCGUUCUCGAUUUGAUAAACAUGCAUGGUUCACUAUCUCUGAAGAAUACAAUGAGAGACAAAUGCUUCUUAAAAUUGUCUCUUCAAUUACUGGAAGCAAUCAGGAAAUGAGUAAUGAUCAACUAAUGGAGACAGUGUAUAGAGGUCUUAAGUGUAGGAGAUUUCUAAUUGUCAUAGAUGAUAUUUGGAGUACUGAGGCAUGGGACCAAAUGCAAAGAAUAUUUCCAAAUGAUGACAAUAGAAGCCGAAUUCUAUUAACCACUCGGCUCAAGUAUGUUGCUAAUUAUGUCAGUUGUCCUGAUUCUCCGCCUCAUAGUAAGUCUUUUCUAAGUCUAGAAGAUAGCUGGAAUCUAUUCACUGAAAAAUUAUUCAAAAAAGAUCCAUGUCCUACUAUAUUAAAAGAAACAGGGAAGCAUAUUGUAAAACAGUGUCGAGGAUUAGCUCUCUCGGUUGUCGUUGUUGCUGGACUUCUUGGAAAAAUGGACCAGACACAAGAUAAUUGGAAGAAGGUUGAGGAAAAUUUGAACUCAUUCCUUGGUACGGUAUCCGAACAGUGCCAAUCAAUUCUUUCUUUCAGCUACAGUUACUUGCCCCAAUAUUUGAGGUCUUGUUUUCUGUAUGUUGGAGGCUUUCCAGAAGACAUGGAGAUUAACGUUUCCAAGUUGAUCAGGUUAUGGAUUGCCGAGCAAUUCGUAAAGGCAAGAAGCAAUAAAAGGUUAGAAGUUGUGGCAGAGGGGUAUCUCGAAGAGUUAAUUGAUAGAAGUCUAAUUUUGGCUGGUAAACAAAGGGCUAAUGGAAGGAUGAAAACUUGCAAAAUUCACGAUCUUCUUCGCCAACUAUGCCUAAGAGAAGCUCAUACUGAAAAUGUUGUGCAUUUCAUGAAUGAGAAUGUUCUCAUGUCCUCAGAAGGCAUAUAUGAGCAACGGCGAGUGAUCGUUCCAUCUAAACUUCUACAUCCGAGAUUUUAUCCUACAAGGCAUAGCAGUGGUAUUACAAGUAUAACCCGCACCUUUAUUACAACAAAAGAUAAUUAUUUUAAAAGGCAAACAAGUUCCAUUGUUUCACAGUUCAAGUUGCUUAAGGUGUUAGACGUAUUAUCAGUCAAGAAAGAUUUCUGUUGUGUAAUACCUCAGCUUGUACAUUUGAGGUAUGUUGCUGCAAAUAUUAACAAAGCUCUUUCACUAGCUAAAUUGAGAAAUCUAGAAACCAUAAUUCUUGUAACUCUUGAACCGACGACUCUGAAACAGCCACUGGAUAUCUGGAGAAUGACAGAGAUAAGACAUUUGGAUAUUAGAUGGCCACUAUAUAUAUGUAAUCCUCUUCUGGUAGAAAAUCAUAUGACAUUAUAUAUAUCUGAUCCUCUUGAAUUAGAACAACCUUUGUUUCUCAAUAACUUACAAACACUUCAUCUCCAUAACUCCUCUUUUGUUUCCGAAAUCAUAAGAAGAACUCCCAAUCUAAAAAAGCUAAAGAUUUUGCACAGUUAUGAUAAUCCUUACUGGCAUGAUUUUCUUUAUGCUCUAAUUCUUCUCGAGGAGCUGGAGACGCUACACAUAAAGCUCGGUUUCCUAUACACAGAUCCGGAGACCUUUGACGUGAUGAUUUUCUCCGGGUAUAAUUUCCCUCUUAAUCUCAAAAAGUUGACAUUAUCACUUACUAGAUUACCAUGGGAUGUUAUGAAUUUGUUGGCAAAUUUACCAAACCUUGAGGUGCUCAAAGCGGAUAAUGCAUUCCAUGGAACAGAUUGGAAACUAGACGAAGAUGUUGUGUUUAACAAAUUAAAAUAUCUACAAAUUAAAUCUGGAUGGCUGGUAAGGUGGGAAGCAGGUAGUAAUAAUUUUCCAAUGCUUGAGAAACUAUUACUGUAUGGGUUGAAUGAAUUGGAAGAGAUUCCUGAGAGUAUUGGAGAAAUAAUGACACUAAAAUUGAUCCAAAUACACUGUUACGGAGAGAAGAAUGGCUCUGGUGUAGAGAUUAGUGCAAAAAAAAUUCAAGAAGAGCAAGAAAGCUUGGGAAAUUAUGAGCUUAAAGUUCAAAUUACUUAGUAACAGGAGAGUUAACUUACGCUUCCAGAUAGCAUUUUGAAUCUUUGAUCCUAAAAGGUGUUCUUGAGAGUUUAUGCUUGAAUUUUUUCUUCUUCUUCGU